UUUCAUUCACUUCCUUCUUCUCCACCCAAAAAAGCCAUUUCUGUGUAUCACAAAGCACAAAAAUGUCGAAUUCCGGUCCCCUGAACCCAAGCCCAGUUCCGAACUCCGAUCGUCUCGAACAACUGAAACAAUUCGACGAAUCGAAAAUCGGAGUCAAAGGACUUGUUGAUAAAGGUCUCACUACCAUACCCAAUUUCUUCAUCCACCCGGAACAACCAAACCAGGAACCCAAAACCCGACCCGGUAAUUGCAAACACUCCAUUCCCAUCGUUGACUUCUCUGCUCCUCGGUCAACCGUCGUUGAACAAGUUCAUCGUGCCUCAACGACCCUCGGAUUCUUCCAGAUUAUCAAUCACUCUGUUCCGGUAAACGCCAUAAACAGAAUCGUAGGUUCGAUUAAAUCGUUCAACGAACAGCCUGAUGAAUUGAAGAUGAAGUAUUACAGCAGGGAUAUUACUCGUGGAUCAGCCUUCUCUACGAACUUCGACUUGUACAACUCGAAAGCUGCAAGCUGGAGGGAUACGUUGCAAGUGAGGUUGGCUCCUAUUUCGCCGGAGUGGGAGUAUGUGCCGGAGGUGUGUAGGGAGUCGGUUGUUGAGUGGGAUAAGGAAGUGGUAAAAAUUGGGGAUGAAUUGAUGGGUUUGUUGUGUGAAGGGUUAGGGGUGAAAAAGGAGAGAUUGAAGGAAUUGUCUUGUUUGAAUGGAAGAGUUAUGGCUGCACAUUACUAUCCAUAUUGUCCUCAGCCGGAGUUGACGAAAGGGCUGACGCCGCAUACGGAUCCCGGUGUGUUAACGGUGUUGGUGCAAAAUGAAAUGAUUGGGUUGCAAGUGAAAUUUGAUGAAGAUUGGGUGGAUUUGAAGCCGAUUCCGGGGGCUAUUGUGAUUAAUAUUGGUGAUAUUCUCCAGAUAAUAUCGAAUGAUGAAUACAAGAGCGUGGAGCACCGAGUUCUUGCCAACCCUUUUCAAGAACCACGCGUAUCAGUUGCCAUCUUCUUUAACCCAGGCCAAAGAGAGAACUCAUUCGGACCUCUGCCUGAACUGAUAUCAGAUGAAAAGCCAGCAGUUUACCGGGAAUUCAUGUACAAGGACUAUAUGGGACGAUUCUUUUCAAAGGAGUUGGAUGGGAAGACUUUGACAAAUUACUACAGGGUUUCAAAUCAAAUAUAACAAUAUCCUUAUAUAUAUGUGUUGCAUCAAAUUACUGUAACUAUAAAUAUGUUGUGGAAUAAGUACUGAAAAGUAGAAAACUUCAUCAAACAUAUAUACACUUGUAAAUGUUCUGUACCUUGAACAGGCGUGACAAUAUCUAUAAUAUCUGUCUUUCUUCUCUUUUA